AUGCCAACUCGACCUUUAGUUGAGCGGCACGAACUCUCUGUACCAUCAGACAGACUUCCCUUUCCUGCAGAAAAACUUGUUAUCACAAAAAUUGCAGAACGACUAGAUAAUCACCCACAAUCCUGGGCGUGUCUGAUUAUUGGCGCGUUCUACGACAUACGUGGUCGAAUCAUUUGGAGUCGUGAGACUUUUGUUCUCUGCGACCCUUCACAGGUUGAGCUACCUGAGGCUGACGGUGACUGGUUUCUCACUGAACUUUAUAACCCCGACGAGCUGACCCAAGAAGAGCCAGGUUUUUUCUACUCUCCUCCAGACGAAGGUACUUUGACGACUUCAGCAGCAUCACCGAGAUUUUCUAUCGACUACAAUUUCAAUCCAACCUUAUCAGCUGGUACUAAUCUGUGCCCGCCGCCAUUCUUCUCAGAUACUCACGAGACACAUCACUGGCCAGUCUAA